UGGACGACAUUAAGGGGAAAAAUUAUAUUCGUCACUAUAAUCUUUGGUAAUUAUAUAAAUAAGAUUUGUUUGGAUACUUCUGGGAUUUAGUUCCUGGCUUUUGUGUGCGACAUGGGGACCAAAAUAUUUUUGUCUUUAUGUAAAUUGCUCAAACUAUUUGUAUUAUUUACUUACAGUCAUCCAAAUUGACACCUUAUCUGGUUCGCAAAAACAAUGAACUCCGACACUUUUGUGGACUAAUUGCAUGGAGUCUUAUACAGAACCAAAAAGAAAUUUGAGCCAUCAAAAUUCUGAGGAGCUAUAUGAAGCCAAUAUUAGUGUCGUUCUCUGCCUAUGCGUAGCGCUGUUUCUUUCUCUCUCUCCCCGAAGCUAAGUAGAAAAUGGAGAGAGAGGUCAACAACCCAACUUUAAGCACGCCAUUGAUUCAAGUUUGUGAUGAGAAUGGACCUGAAAAUGGAAUAGAGAUAAGUCACGGUAGAAGUAAGAUUCCUGACGAAGUAAAGAAACAGUUAUGGCCAGCAGGGCCUUUGAUAUCAGUGAGCCUGUUGAUUUAUUCAUUGCAGAUGAUAUCUGUGAUGUUUGUGGGUCAUCUUGGUGAGCUAUCUUUAUCUGGUGCUUCCAUGGCUACUUCCUUCGCAUCAGUGACUUUGUUUAGCUUGCUGGUGAUUUUUACUUACUGCUUUGAAUUCCUGGAGGAACUGUUCAAUGAAGACUCAGCUUUUAUUAUAGCUGAGAUUGCUUCCCAACCAACCAUAAUUUUCAUUGGUUGAAUCCUAUCUUUUAAUAAAAACAAAUUUUUGCC